AUGUCAGGUUCGAGAAGUUUCGAUCUUCCGCAAGAACUUCUUCAAGUCUUACCUUCCGAUCCAUUCGAACAGCUAGAUGUUGCUCGUAAAAUCACAUCCAUUGCUUUAUCGACACGUGUCUCCGCUCUCGAAUCAGAGUCGUCGGAUCUCCGUGAACUCGUCGCCGAGAAAGACAAAGAAAUCGCCGACUUACAAUCUCACGUUGAGUCUCUCGAAGCUUCUCUUUCCGAUGCUUUUCAUAAGCUUUCUAUCGCCGACGGUGAAAAGGAGAAUCUGGUAAGAGAGAAUUCUUCGUUGUCUAAUACUGUCAAGAGGCUACAAAGAGAUGUCUUAAAGCUUGAAGGUUUCAGGAAGACACUAAUGAUGUCUCUUCAAGAUGAUGAUCAAAAUGCAGGAACAACACAAAUCAUUGCGAAACCAACACCAAAUGAUGAAGAUUCUCCAUUUCAACCUUCGAAACAUUCAUCAAUCCAAUCUCAAGCUUCGGAAGCUAUCGAAUCAGCUACAAUUGAUGUCGAAAACGAAGCUCCUAAAUCGAGUUUAUCGAACAGUGUUCCAUUAGUAUCUCAAACUACUACUCCUCGGMUUACUCCGCCUGGUUCUCCACCUACAUUAUCUGCUUCUACUACGCCGAAGACGACUUCGAGACCUAUUUCUCCUCGACGACAUUCUGUUUCAUUCUCUACUACAAGAGGCAUGUUUGAUGAUAAUAGAUCUUCUAUUUCAAUCUCAGAGCCUGGAUCCCAGACCGGACGAACUCGAGUUGACGGUAAAGAGUUCUUCCGACAAGUCAGGAGCCGGUUAUCGUACGAACAAUUUGGUGCAUUCCUUGGAAAUGUGAAAGAUCUUAACGCCCAUAAGCAAACAAGAGAUGAAACACUUAGGAAAGCUGAAGAGAUAUUUGGAAGCGAUAACAGAGAUCUUUUCGUCAUAUUCGAGGGCUUGAUUACCCGCAACGCUCACUAA